CAGAGAAGAAGAAGAGAGAAGAGAAUAUAACAAGAAAGAACAAAGAUCAACAAAAGCGAAAACAAAGAGUGGACAAAAUGAAAGAGUGACAACGAGAAUCCAAAAUAAAGAAAACCAAACAAACUGGAAUAAAAGACGGAGAGACGCAGAAAUGAAGCUAAACGAGUCGAUGGGAAACAAGAAGAUGUGAUGAGAAGAAAAAAGAAGAAAUUCAGAACAAAAUGUCGGACACCAGAAAAGAAGAAGAAAGGGAAGAAGAGGAGGAAGGGAACCGUGAGCCAUUUCCUCCUCCUCCUCUGUCCUCCGUUGCCGUGGAGACGAUGACGACACCGAGGAGGCAGGACCUGGUGUGCAUCGUGUGCUUCGGCAUCUACGAUGUGGCAACGCGGCUGCCGCGGCGACUUCACUGUGGCCACGCCUUCUGCCAGGCCUGUCUGAAGAGGCUGGACACGGUCAUCAACGAACAGGUGUGGAUCCCGUGUCCUCAGUGCCGACAGAACACGCCUCGGCCCAGAGGAGGAGCGGCGGGUCUGGACCUGGACCUGGCCUCCUUCCUGGGAGUGAAGGCCCAGCAGACCGGCGCCUCUGGCCGCGGUGGGGGGCCGCUGGCAGGGGACGCGGCCCAGGACAGGAAGUCGUGGUUGGGGAAGGAGGUGGCGGACGACGGCUGGUCGCACGGCGGUCUGGCCGAGCCGCGCUUCCACCGCUAUGGAAGCUGCUGCCCGCCCCCCUCCUAUUGGCUGUGCUGCUUGUUCUGCUGCCCGGGGCGGGGCUAAGACUGACCAAUGAGUGUGCUGACUUUAACACAUCUUUCUUUGUGAAAGCUAUUUAUUUAAAUGAACAUGUAACGUGUUAAUAUAUAAGAUAUUUAUAUUGUAUAAUGUUGUGUGUAAAAUACACACAAUAAAUAACAACUACUAAUUUAUAAUA